AUGUAUUAACCAAAAAAGUCUCAAUAUGCCUAAGUAUCAAAAGAUUGGUAAACUAUUUGGAAAUUAAGGGAAAAAGAUUUCAUAUCUCAUUUUUUAGUAUCUAAAUCUGGAAAUCUAGUAGCUUUUGUAAUAGAAGGAAAAAAGCUGUAUGUGAUCAGCCUGAUUACAAAAAAGAAUAUUUUUGAAAUGACUUUUAUCAAAUUUGAAUUAUAUGAUUUACAAUUUACUUCAGACGAAAAAAAGAUAUGUAUAGCUCAAGAAGAAAGCAAAAGUUUGAGAAUAAUAGAAUUAAGCACCAGAUCUGAAAUCUGUUAUAAAUUACCCUCCAUUUUCCUUCCUCUUGACAGUUAUAUUCUAGUUGAACAGGAAAAGAAGAUCUAUUUAUAUUAAAAUGAUGCACUAAAAUUAAUUGAUUUGAAUUAAGAGAAUCUGGAAUUAUUAUUAUAGUUUGAUGGAGAAUAUAGGGUUCUUUAAAAAACAAGCUCGGAUUUCAUUAUCAAUAUAGCAUUCAACAAUGAAUUGCAAGUGAUGUAUUUGAAAAAUAACUUUUGCAAAUAGAAGCACAAAUAUGUAGAAAGUAAUAAAAUAAUUCAUUUUACUGAAUCGAAUAAAUUGUUGUCGAUAAUCACUUUUGAUAAUAAUUACAAAUUAUUCUUUAAAAAUUUAUAAAGUAAAAAACUAAUAAGAAAAUUGUCUGAUAAUGUGUUAUAAAAUAUAUGCGAUCUCAAAUAUUCUAAAAAUAUAAAGUAUUUAUUUUUGAACACUGGAAAUUGUUUGAUAAGAUGGAGUUUGACAACCUCCAAAUUAUCUAAGUUGCCCGUUUAAAAUAAUGUUUUUGAGAAAAUAUGGAUAGAAGGCAAUAAUGAAAUAUUUAUUUUGAAUUCAAAUAAUCAUAUUCAAAAAGCAUCAUGCGAUUUUUGA